AACAUCUAAACGGGUGUGAUGUCAGUGAGACCUGUGUCUCUGUCUUCACAUCUCAGACCUCGUCACUCAUGGAGGGUCGUCACGUUGUUCUGCUCCUGGUCUCAGCAGUGGUUUCCUUGAGUCCUGACUGUGUUUGUGGAUCAGAGUUGAAGGUGACGGUCAGACCAGGAGACAACAUCACUCUCUACUGUGACUGCAAAACAUCAUCUGGAGUUUACAUCGUGUGGUACAAGACCUGUUCUCGUGAGAACCAGCCUUCACUUGUUCUUAAAGCAAAUACGUAUUUAUGGGAAGAAAGGCAUCCUCCUAAUUUCCAUUUAUUGAAGAACCAGUCCUCUGAAUCCUUCGACCUGCUGAUCCAGAACAUCACUGAGUCAGAUGAAGGUCUUUACUACUGUGGAACUGAAGAACCAAGACUGGAGGAUAAGGGAAACAGAACUUCUAGAUAUAUUUACUACAGCUACAGCAACAUCACAACAAGGAUCAUAUUCACCUCCAGUGACUCUGGUGACUCCAUUGGUCCGCUCCAUGUUGAGCCUGGUGUAUCUUGGUUGAUGGUGUUCAGUCCAGCCAUCACGGUCCUCUCCACCUUCCUGUGCCUGACUUUUGUUUAUCUCUGCAGUCAGAAUGCAGAUGAAAAAGAUCAAAUGACUGAGAGAAGACCUGACAUGGGAGAGGAAAGUACAGUGAAUCAGGAUGAAGACGCAUGUUUCACCAGAGUUGUGUUCUUGGUUGCCGAUGGACGGAACAAAUAGAUUGGCUUUGACUGAGCGGACAUCACACAAGCUCCACUUCAAACUUCUCACAAAGUCUUUAGAGUCCGAGUUUAAAGACCUGUUAUAUUUGUACACAGUGAUGAUGUGUUUUGGGGGCGGAGUCAAAAUGGUGGCAGAAAGUCAGAUAGUGGUGUUGAAUUAAUUGUUUGUUUGUUUGUUUUCUGGCUUCUUGCUUUCACUUGAUAAGACGAUGUAUAGAGUAGUAAACAGGAAAGAGAGAGGGGGGAAUGACAUGUGGUAAAGGAACCCAGACCUGUCCACCCAGAGGACCAGAGCUUUCUCACAUUCGGGGCAACCCAACCACCAGGUCAGCUGUGCUCAUGAAUUAACAAUUAGUUCUCCGUCAGAUGUUCAGCAGAAGCAGCUUUUCAGGACCCUUGUUUACUAUCACAAUGACCUUAAUCAUCCUACUACGACGCUCGAUGGCUGAUUAUGAUCCAAUUUGUCAAUGUCUUCAGACAUAUUCACGUUGUUAGGGAAGAGUUUGUGGAGUCACAGAGUACAUUCAAAGACACGGAUAUUAUUUUCACCAUCUAUUUGUAAUAAAUAUUCAAAUUAAUCAAAGUACGUUGUUGGUGUAUCUCUGUUAAAAGGUCAAGCAGAUCUAAGAAAGGUUGAGCCCAACAGGAGCCACAAAAAAGUGAUAAGAUUGAUGACAAAAUUCAACAGAAAUUCUAAUUGAUUCCAUGAGAACCUUAAUUCAAGGUUGUCAUUUUUUACACAGUGUGGGUAAAAUAUGGUCAAAUCUAAGUUGGGCAACCUCAGAGCAGACAGAGCCUUGCCUUCCACACGAUACUGAGGCUCCUGUUUGUCAAAUCAAUAAAUUGUUAAACUGCCAAUGUGUCUUGUUUCUUCAGAUUUUAAUCAUCAGUUAGCUUGGGGUGGGUUUUUUGUUUGGUUCAAUUUCUGUUUUGCUGUUACUGUUUGUGUCUCAAAAUAAAGAAACUCAAUAAAAAAAAAUCAUCCAAUCCAAUAAACGAAUAAGCUG